AUGCGUAUCCUACGCGCGAUACGGGAUAAGUAUAUCGCCAACAUCCCGACGGCACUGUCGCGCGCGAGCAGGUCGCGCAACUUGACGUAUGGGGAACUCGAACCAUGUUUCGUUUACGGCCUUUUGGAUGACCUACGGGUCGCACGGCACUCCGUCCUGGUAGAUCUGGGCUCCGGUGCCGGUACCUUCGUUAUUCAAGCCGCGAUUCAGACGGGUUGUACGGCUUUCGGGAUCGAGCUUCAAACGGAACUGGCCGACAUCGCUGCAGACGCGGUCAUUAACGCUCGUAGUGCUUGUGCCGCGCGCCACAUCAAUAUUGGGCAAGUCACUUUGGUACAAGGCGACAUGCUUGCUAGUUGUGAGACGGCCAAGGCGAUGAGCAAAGCGGACGUUGUUAUGGUUAACAACAAAGUCUUCGAUAGUACUUUGAACGAGAGUAUACUUAUCGAGUUAGUGCCACUUAUGAAGCAUGGCGCGGUCAUCGUAAGCACGGAACGGUUCAUCGACGGUAAAACCACACGAUCUGGCCGAUCGUGUCCACAUGGGCGGUCCCUUGAAGUCGUGGCGAGGCCGUAUCAGGAAGGUUCUGUGUCGUGGUCUCACUCCAGCGGCAUAUACUUUAUACAUACAGUAUAUGACGCGGACGACUGUCGGUCACGCCAGGCGUACGCGUCUGCUAAGUACGCGUGUUGA